AUGGUAGACAUGCAGAAAGCAUAUGACUCAGUGGAAUGGAUAUACAUAGAGCAGAUUAUGGAAGAGUUAGAUUUCCCAACAAAGUUUGUUGCAUGGGUAAUGACUUGUGUUAAAACAGUCAACUACUCGAUUCUUUUCAAUAGAGAGACAUUGGAGCCUUUCAAUGCAGCUAAAGGUUUGAGACAAGGGGACCCCAUGUCCCCCUUCCUCUUUGCCAUAGCUAUGGAAUAUUUGAACAGGACCCUCCUUGGUCUGAAGCAAGGGGAUGUAGAAUCUGUGAAGGCAUUGAAUGAUUGUUUCCUCAUCUUCUCUGCUGCAUCUGACCAACAAGCAAACUUAUCAAAAAGUGCUGUCUAUUUCGGAGGAAUGGAGGCAAACAUUAAAGAAGAGAUCCUACAGGUUCUUGGUUACACUCAUGGGGAGUUGCCGGUCAAGAAGGCUUCAGCUGAUACAGACAGUUUUAUUUGGAUACAAGCAUACUGGUCUCAAUUGUUCAUAAUACCCGUAAAAGUUCUUAAGUUGAUAGAAGCAUAUUGCAGAAGCUACUUAUGGUCUGGAGCUAAUACAAUUACCAAGAAGGCUUUGGUUGCUUGGGAAAGAAUCUGUCUACCUAAAUCUGUUGGUGGUCUCAACUUGAUUAACCUACAGAUAUGUAAUAAAGCAGCUAUUGCAAAAAUAGUCUGGGACCUAGAGCAUAAACAAGACAAGUUAUGGGUGAAAUGGAUAAAGAAUAUUUCUCUGAUUGCUAUUUGUUAG